AUGCGAGUGCGCAGGGACGGAAAUGAAUUAAGGGUCGGGGGUCGGCUGCGGGUCGGCACACGGACGGACGACGGAGUGGUGGGCCUCGAGGCUGGGGACGAUGACGAGGAGCAGGGAGGGAGAGAAAAGAAGAGAGGGGGCAAGCGAGGGUUCAGGCGAAAGAGAGCAAGCGAUUGUGACCGUUUGGAUGUGAAGCGAGGCGGAGAGCGUGAAAGCCACGAGUCUCAAUCGCAAGCCUGCCUCGAGGCCUCGUUCGGUCCAGUGCCGUCGUCCGCCGUUCUCUCCUCUCACGUAAGCGUCCCCCGCCGUUUCACGCUCCCUCGCUUCCGUCCCCCUCCCAUCCGCCGUCACUCCGCCGUCCCCUCAGCCUCAGCCCCAGCCGUCCGCCACCGCUGGCCCGUGCGCCCGCUCCAUCCACCACACAGAGCGCGGUCCAGACCCGCCCUUUGCCGCCCGCCAUCUUUAUCUGUUCGUCAGAUACCCACCCAGUUCCGCUUCCAUCCGUGCCCUGCCCUCCCUUUCCACAUCAGCACAACCAGCCCCCAAAUCCAUUCUAGGGCCCCGCCCCAUGGCCGCACGCGUCCUGUCAGGCAAACAUGUCCCUCCAGCCACACCCACCCGCCCGCGUACGGCAACUUCCCGCACCCCCGCGCACCUACUGAUAAGAACCGCCUCGAGCUCCUCAAAACAGCUCCGCCCAGCUCCUCCCCAGACCUCUCCCAACGCGGCACCCUCGACGACGACGCGCGCCGCUAACCUCCACACUAUCACACUAUCCCGGUAUCUCGCGCUCGCAUUCUAGAUGCGCCGUGGCUUCCCCGACUGUCCCUGCGCCUCGACCAUCGACUCCCACCUCAUCGCCACCCCGAGCGCACGCCAAACCUACAGUCUCGCACGCGUACACGCACAGCGACAAACUACAGACAGAAACCGCGCCG